ACGAAAAAGUAUCCUUAUCAUAUCGAGUCUUUAUUCUCCUCUAUGAUAUAGGGUAGUAUGCCUACCGUCUUGCAAUUUCCACAAACAUUUCCUUAUAACGGAAACGCUGAAUGACUCAUCUACAUUACGCGUGAUAGGAUUUUAAGCUUUCUGCACAUAAAUCAAGAAAUAUUGCAUGAUUUGGGAUAGAUCUAGUCCAAAGAGUUAGACGUGAAAAUGUUGUCAUUUUACUUUCAACAUUUUAUAUUCUGACAUUUUGCAUUUUUAAUAUCAAAGCCUUUUUUGACGUCUAAACUGCUAAACGGGAAGUAUGAAAGUAGUGUAGCAUAAAUUCGAUUUAACAUGGAAAAUAAAAACUGUAAAAUAUCCAUUGAAAUGAGCUUAUAAAGUGAUAUGAAUUAUGUCAGGUCUUAAGGACUACAUUUGGAAUGGAUAAUGAAAUCAUAUAGGUAACGGUAGUCCAAUUUGACGCAGUCCUAGGAAAUAUUAUGAUAAUUUUUUCAUACUGUAUGGGCAAUAUGGCCCCACUAGUAGUAGGCACUACUGGACUAGCGUAAAACACUUGAAAGACCAAACUAAUGGAAGCAUACAGUGCUUUAGGGUAUAGCGGAUUUUAGGGUAUAGAGGAUAGAUUGAUAAAUAUAUAUUUAGACUUGAAUUAUUGUAUAAAUUUUCAUAUCAUUUUUUUACUGGCAUCCAAACAGACAUUCUGACAUACGUUUUAAAUAUUUGCGUAUGUCCUUGGAAAAUCAAGCUGCAGAAUUAAAUAUCAUCAUGGAUUCAAUAGAAAUAGCUAGGAAAUAUUGAUCUAGGAGCUGCAUAGCAUAACAAAAUGGAUGGAAGUUGGAACACAACUGGCUGGGCUUGGAGUGGGAAAGUAAAUGCUGGCAUAUUACGUAAGGUUGAGUUGAUGUCUUGUGAUGAUUAACUAAGACAACAACCAGCUAAAUGUGCUGUCGCCAGUAAAAUCUACAACACGAUAGUGAACCAAUGGAAAAAAGUAGAGGAAACACAUAUAUAUCUGUAGCUUUAUGAAAUUAUGGCAAGGCCUAGCAACCAAGCUGACAAAGCCAUAACAUCAUGUAGCAAAGCAGCGGCAUGGAAGAGAGUCGUCCAGGCUUUCAAUGCAAGGGCUGACGAACCUAGAGAAAUGACUGCGCUGAAGAAGAAGUGGGAUAACCUUGUCCAAAGCCACAGGUCACAAUAUGCUGACUACUUGCACAGUCAGCAGUUAACAGGAGGAGGGCCAUCCUGUAAAAAGCUGUCCGUGGUAACCGAAGCAGUGAUGGCAGUGAUAGGGAGAAAUGCCUGCAACACCAAGGGAGUUGUUGGGUCAGAUCUGGACACAACACAACUACAAAUUAAUAACUUCAAUGGCAGCAUAUCAUCUGCAGUAGCUAUGGAGGAAGAUGAGCUGUCAAGGCCUUGUGACAGUAGGACUACACAUGUUAGUGUUCCUGAUACAGACGUAGUAAAUACUCUUGAAGAGGAUCACACAUCAUUCAGAAAUUCGGCUUCAGCUCGAGCAAUUCCUAAUCAAUCCUCUUCAGUUCAGGUGGUUUGUUGCAGAUGCAACUGUCAUAGGAAGAUAGAAAUCCUGAAAGAGGAAAAGUUGGGACUACAGAUAAGACUUUUGAAAAAACAGCUGGGAGAAGAAUGAUUUUGGACGCUGCCACUGAAAUAAAGCCAUUACAUAUAUGUAAGAAAUAAUAAGUUCCCAAACGUGGUUUAUCGUAGAAUAACCUGUGUUUUGAGUUAUUAUGCGGAAGAAUAUUUCACGAAGCCCGUAGGCAUGAGUGAUAUAUUGUUUCACAGAAGAACAAAAAACUCUGGUUAUUAUACAAUAAAUCAUACUUGGGAACUUGUUAUUUCGAUUCUAAAACAACAUACUAGUAUCAACAGUGUUAGAAAAAAUGUUAACUACUUUUUACGACAGUUAGAAAAAAUGGUAACUACUUUUUACGACUGUGCUACGCACCUGGAUCAGAUGACUUCAUUGUAUGCAAGUGGUUUAUUGCAAAUUAACCAGAGAUAUUGCAGAAUAACCCGAGAUAGAUUUAAUGAUGCUUGUUCAGAAUGUUAAUCUUGAUGAUCUUUAGGUCUAUAGGUCAGGUGACUGAUACAGGGCCUUCAUGGCCCUCUUGUUUUUUGAAAGCUUUUAUUAUAGACAUCUCUUUGUUACUUUAAAGGAAAAUGACUUGAAAUUGAAAAUAUUCCUUUAUAAUCAUCAUCUGCCUGUGUGGUUACAAGGUCAUUGUAAUUGUGUUUUUGACAGAAUUAUGCCCCUUUUGUACUUAAAGUUUUUUGGCAAUUUUCGCUUGAAACUGAAAAUGUAUCUCUAUCAUCUUCAUCAGCCAGUGUGGUAACAAUCCCCUUAACUUUGAUUUUAAUUAUGUCUCCCACCACACAGUGGUGUGGGAGACAUAUUGAUUUAUUCAAUUCUGUAUGUGUGUCUGUCUGUCACAAAGCUUGUCCGCACUCUUAAGUCGAACAUUUCUCAUCCGAUUUUCACCAAACUUAAACGUAAUGUGUUUGACCAUAAGACCUCGGCCAAGUUCGAUAACUAGCCAAAUUGGUCCAGGCAUAUUGGAGUUAUGGCUCUUGAAUUACCAGAAUCAGCUUUUUUACUCUUGUCCGCACUCUUAAGUCGAACAAAAUGUGUUUGGCCAUAAGACCUUAGCCAAGUUUGAUAACUAGCCAAAUCCACCAAGGCACUUUUGAUUUAUGGCCCUUGAAUUACUGAUUGGAUCCACUGGUCCAGACCAUCUAAUUGGAUCCACUCGUCUAAACCAUCUAGAGAAACUAGACAUUUUUAGCUUGACUAUACGAAGUAUAAGGAGAGCUAUCCUACUCGACCCGGCGUCGGCGUCUUUCCACAUCCCCACCUCGGUUAAAGUUUUUUUACACUUUCUCUUUUUUCAACUUAUCUCUGUAAUUACUUGAUGGAUUUGAUUCAAACUUGAAAUACUUAUUCCUCAUCAUCACCCACAUCAUCUGACAUAAGGGCCAUAACUCUUGCACCAAUAUUUCAUGAAUUAUCCCACCUUUUCACUUAGAUUUUCAGGUUAAAGUUUUGAUGCACUUU